AUGGAGUUCGACGACCCUCAUUUUCUUGUUGACCGUGAAGAUACCACGGUCACUACCGAGGAGAAGAAUGAAGCCGAAGAUUGCCCCGCCUUGCCCGGCCGAGCCUGGGAAAACAUCAGUUUUGGCCGCGACCCUGGAUACACCGCAGGGAAAUUCCUUUGCUAUGGUGCCGAUGACUCAAGCAAGAAGCCUGCGUUUAUGCGCAUCUAUUCCCAAAUCCCCUUGGAUGGCACAGAAUUUUCUAAGCCCGAGACUCGAGCAAAACAGGCCGUCCCGAUGAAACCAAUCGCUGAACUAGUAGCUUUGAAGAGACUGAAGAGGAUGGGUUGGGAUGUUGUCCCCGGCCUGCUCGGGUUUCAAGAGGAAACGCAAGGGCCCGAUGGCUUUUUUCCGGGGGGCUUUAUCACAUUUGUUGUCUGGGAAAAGGUCGCCGGAGAACCCCUCGACUAUGACGGGUUCUGGAAUAUGAACUACAAUAUGCGUGACUCUAUUCGAUACAUAUCGGGUGUUUCGCGAGCCACCUUCGUUGAGCCUACUGAAGAUUAG